UAUUUUUGAAUUUGUAUAAAUAUUAUUUCGCUACUUGUUUAGAAUUGUUAAAUUUGUUUACAAAUAGUUUAUUUUCAAAUUAUUUAUGCAGAUGUCUUUGGAAUAUAUACUGUCUCCAAAUCAAUGAUUUUCUGCUACUAUUACUCAAUAUCAAAGUCGAGAAUAUCUUAAAGACUUUAUAGAUUUUAUAGAUACAAAUCAACAAUAUUCUAUAAUGUGUAGUAAUUUUUAUAGAUUUUUUUCUGGAAUUAUUUAUAGAGAAGAGGAAGAGCUAUUUAGUAGUGGAUUAAUACAUGAAUUCGUAAUGCGGCUUGUUGACUGUGGUAAAAAUAACGAAGUAUGGGUAAAAUUACAUGAUCGUAUUGCUAGAUUUGGUAUGCAAGAAUUUUGUCUUAUCACUGGAUUACCUUAUCAUGAACCGGUUAUGGAGAUUGAUCAUAGCAACAAUCGUCUUAGAAAUCAUUAUUUCAAUGGUAGUCAAAAAAUUAGCAUGAAAAUGCUAUUUGAAGUUUUCCAUGAAUGUGAAUACUUAGUAGAUAAAUUUAAGUUGGGAUUAGUUAUGUUGGUGGAAUGUGUUAUAAAAUCAGUUGGAAGAAUUAUUGAUUACAAAACUCUUGGUAUGGUCGAGCAUCUUGAUGAAUUUCUUGGAUAUCCUUGGGGUUCAAAAAGAUUUUUUAUUUUGUUAAAUUCACUACAAGAAUCACAAUUACAAAGAGCGAAAAGAGUGCAACGGAACAAACAAAUAGAUUGUAAGUAUGCAUUACGAGGGUAUCCACUUGCAUUUCAGGUAUUUUAUUAAUAUUUUUUUGUUGACUUCAUUUAUUUGUAAGAGAAAAGUAAUUGUAAUUUGUAAUUGCGAUACAGUAUUGGAUUUAUGAGGCAUUUCCAGAAAUUGGAAAAAAAUUUGGAUGGCGUCGAUACAAAAUAGCACAGAGUCCAUGAAUGUAUAAGUGGAGUUCUAAUAAACUGCUGACUUAAAAAAUGAUUAAGCAUUUUUUGGCUACUCCAGAGAUUCAGGUUAUUUCAACGUUACAUCCUACGGAGGAAGAAUUAGAGACAUUUUGGUAUAUAAAUAUUUCAUUGCUAGCUGAUAAUGAACAUCGUGUAUUAGAUGACAUCGUCGGUGGAGAAUUAGACAAUGUGGCACAACAAAUCCCAGGUGAUACUUUUGAGCAAGAAAGGGACAAUAUAUAUGUGCCAAGGACGACCAUUCCUAGUACGUCAAGAACUUCACGAGUAGCAGGGCCUAAUUUUGGAUCUAGCAGUUCUAAUUAUGUAAACUGAAGACCGGAUGAUAAAACUACUUGGUGUCCAGAAGCAAGACAUCAUAAAAGAGGUGUUUGAUAUAUGUGGCAACUUGAGAACAGAAGUUUAUGACAAUCAAAGACAGUUAUUCGAACAGCACCAAAAAUGGUAGGAGGAUUAUAUGCAUUCCUACAUGGAUAAUUCAUUAUCAAGUUUUUUUAACACACAUUUGGAGAAAGAGGAACAAUUAUUCCAACAACAACAAAAAUGGCAAGAAGACCAUUAUCAGACCAUGCACUCUUAUGUAGAUACCAGUUUAGAUUCCAUGCGAUAUUAUGUCGAUGAACAAAAUAAGAAUACGCUGCAGAAAUUAUCUGAAUGAAAAUCAGACAUGGAAGCCAUUAUUAGUUGUACGCAAGAAGACAUUCCUAUCGGUACAUGUCCAAUUCUCGAUGAUCGACCGAAGGAUGCAUCAACGUCUCAACAAGUUGAAAGUUCUGAAUCAUCACAACGAGAGAAGAAAAUUAAGGGAAAACAAAUACAAUAUUUGUCGUCUAGAAGACGUUCUUUGGAAGACUAUUCUAUACAAAAAUACUCGACUCUUAGAAACUGGAUAGCGGAGAACGAAUCAAUGUUAGAAAGAUGAUUUUUUUAUUAUUGG